GCGCGAGAGCGGUCUACUUCACACCUCCUCGGAAACAGACAGUGAACAUGUCUCCUUGAACAACAUCCUCUCCAACUCAACUCACAUUUUCUUUUCUUCCGUGUAUCCCGUUUGUCCGGGAUAUUCCAAACGUGGACUUUUAAAGAAGAGAGAGAGAGAAAAGUAAGAGCAAUGGCAGCCAUGGCACAGAACGUUACCAGCGUGCCCGACAACCUCACCAACCAGUUCGCCCAGCCACCGUGGCGCGUGGCGCUCUGGUCUCUCUCCUACAGCGCGUUGGUCGCGGUGGCCGUGUUCGGCAACCUCAUCGUCAUCUGGAUCAUUCUGGCCCACAAACGCAUGCGGACGGUCACCAACUACUUCCUGUUGAACUUGGCGUUUUCCGACGCGUCGGUGGCGGCGUUCAACGCGCUGGUGAACUGUAUCUACGCCACCCACGGGGACUGGUACUUUGGUGAGGCGUACUGCAGAUUCCACAACUUCUUCCCCGUCACGGCCGUGUUUGCGAGCAUCUAUUCCAUGACGGCGAUUUCGGUGGACAGGUACAUGGCCAUCAUCCACCCACUGAAGCCGCGCCUCUCCGCCACGGCCACCAAGGUGGUGAUAGUGUGUAUCUGGGGGCUGGCGGUGGUGCUGGCCUUCCCCAACUGCUUCUACGCCACCAUCAGAAGGUACCCUCGCAGGACGAGCUGCUACGUGAACUGGCCGCGCGGCAACCAGGACUCCUUCAUGUACCACAUCAUCGUGGCCAUACUGGUGUAUUUGCUGCCCCUAGUGGUGAUGGGCAUCACCUACACCAUCGUGGGGGUCACACUGUGGGGAGGAGAGAUCCCAGGGAACUCCUCUGAUAACUACCAUGGACAGUUGAAGGCCAAAAGAAAGGUGGUGAAGAUGAUGAUCAUCGUGGUGCUGACCUUUGCCCUCUGCUGGUUGCCCUACCACAUGUACUUUGUGGUGACGGGGGUGUUCAAGUCGCUGACCCGCUGGAAGCACAUCCAGCAGGUGUACCUGGCCGUGAUGUGGCUGGCCAUGAGCUCCACCAUGUACAACCCCAUCAUCUACUGCUGCCUCAACAGCAGGUUCCGGGCGGGCUUCAAGCGUGCGUUCCGCUGGUGUCCGUUCAUCAAGGUGUCCAGCUACGACGAGCUGGAGCUGCGGACCACUCGGCUGCACCCUGCGCGCCAGAGCAGCAUGUACACGCUGUCGCGCAUGGACACCAGCGUCAUGGUGACCUCCGACCCCGCCGACGCUGACGGUGCCACCACCACCACCGCCGCCCCCAGGAAGCCACAGCCGCUCGCCGCCCGGAAGAAGAGCUACGUCACCGCGCGGCACGCCGACAUCGGCGGGGUCGGCGACACAAAUGGCGGCAGCACCAACGGCGGCGGGGCUGGCGAAGGCAUGAAACCCAAGGAGUUCUCCUAAGCGGCAGGAUUUUUUUUUUUUCUUAAUUUGGGGUGAUGGAGUGUGUGUGGGUGAUGACUGGUUUAAGCGGCCUCACCUGGCCUGCGUCACACUGAUUUGGCGCUAGUUGAGGCUGCACACCUGUGGCGCAUUUAGCCAUCAAUGUGCAUCCACAAGUUGAACCAGCCAUCACCGCACACACUCUGGGGAAGGAUCUCCCGCACGGCAGCGCGUUCCUCCCCUCCUGCUGUGUGUCAUUACAUUCAACUCUGACUAUAAAACCGGUUCCAGCAUCACCAUCCUGCUACCUUGUUAUGGUUGAGCCCUGUGGCUGGAGAGCGGCGUGUGGCUAGCCCAGUGCAUAAAAGGAGUGUGGAUUGUGGCAGCCACCCAGGCGGCUUGUAGCCUGGACAUAGCUGAACAGUGUAGAGCAGUGCAGUGGGUUCACUAUAGAAAUCCAAGUACAAUCCAUUUUAUACAGUACAUCGGUGCAGGAGUACAGGCUAGGGUCCCCUGCGUUGAUGAAGAGCAGCCUGGUAACAAUGCACUGGCUGGCAGGGCUGAUGAGCUCAUUUAUUUUUCCACUCUGCAACCCGGCUGGAUCGAUGCUUCACAGGUGUCUUGGUCGUGAGUUUCUCUUGGGUUGAUGUUGUCCUUUCAUGAAUAAAACAAUCAUCCCCCCACCACCCACUUCAGUACCCUCACCCACCCCUCAGCCUACCAAUGAGAUUAGCAUUUAAAGUGUCAUUAGACCUAAAGAAUCAUGAUCAUCUGGGCCAAUGCAACAUGGGACACUCUCUUCCUCCUCCUCAUCCUCGCCCUUUCUGCUUUUUCUUUCUCAUAUUCCUUCUCGUUCGCCUCCUUAUUUUUUCGUUUCUUCUCAUAUUCCUCCUCCUCCUCCUCCUCCUCUAUACCUGCUCGCGAAGGAGUGUACAAUAUCGGGCAACCUUUAGUUGUGGUUUUCUUGACAAUGUGGGAAAUGUCGAAUUACAUCUUUCAUCUUCUUAUCACAUUAGAAAGAAAAUGACGCUUGGGAAAAUAACUUGGCGGUUUUAUAUUGUGAAGGGCCCCUUGCUCUGAGACCUAUUUCACGUGAAUAAUUCAGAUGGGUAGUUUCCAUUCCUCAGCGUUACUGGUAGUGGUGACCCUGCUGUGAUACCCAGAACCUCUCAGCCUCCAGGCCUUGAAUGGGCAGCUGCACUUAGAGCUUUCCAUUGGAACCACAUCUGAUUGAAUGCUGUUUGGCUCCACCUAGCCCUCUGUGUGUUUGGUAUUGAGCUGGACUCGGGGCUUGCGUCACCCGGCCCGCUGCACUCGAAGGCCCUUUGACCGACAAAGAGUUUGCGGGCACAAUAUUGACGACUGACUUAACACAUAAAAUUGAGUGGUAGUCAGUUAGUCGUUUUGAAAAACGUCUCUUCUUUUGCCAGUUCAACAAUUGAAUACAUUUCUUUUGAAGUGCGCUAAAGAUUUGCUUGAUGCUUUGCCAGUCUCUUUGGUUCCGGACUUCUUCUAUUGUCCUUCACCUGAGUGUUAUAGUUUCAAGUAAGCGCUGCCCACACUUGUGCCAAGUAGGAGCGAUUUUAUUUUGACGCUGAUAUAUACAAUGAAUACCUGCCAACCUACAAGAGGCUGUCAUGCUCUGAGGUGGUUCAGUGGACACGGAGUUGAGAAGAAAUGGGUCUGUUGUUUGGUAGUGUAUGAUGUUAUCUUAUGGAUGAGGAAUUCUAAAUAUUGAGUUUGUUGCUGUGAGGGCUAAUGGCGUUCUAUGGAGACACAGCCAGAUUACCUUUGUUUUAUUCCAGAGAAGCACAUGGCACGUCGAAUAUGAAAAUAAAGAAAUGCUUAAAGAUUGUGGAAUUGCUGCCAAAAGACAACAGUGUACUUGAAUCCACCUGCUGACGUACCGUAGAGGUUAUUUACACAGCAUAUAGAUAUUGAUGACAAUUUUGUAUUUCUGUGUCAUGUCUUGUAGGUGUGGUAUUUUCAAUUUCAGGAAAUGAUAGCGUGAUCAGUGUUAAAAUGCAGAAUCUCUGUUUCUAUCUGUGUGUUUUAUUUGUGAUAUUUCUAUUUGUUUGUUUAACUAAAACUGAGUGUUUGAAUGAAUGUCAAGUAUUAUCAACAGUGCCUCUCUGUUUCUGCUAUCAUUUUGUUGCAUGUGUAAAAGAAUAACAAAGUAGCUUUAUUAACUAGUCUGUGCUGACAUAUGCCAAAGUAAUAGUAAUGCUUCAUUUUGUUAUUGUUAUUGUGUGGAUUGAUAUUAUUAUUGUUGUUAUUCUGCUUAUUUGUUUAAGAAAGCUCUAAUUGGGAGGUUAUGUUAAAAAUAUAAUUAUUUUAAUUUCUUAUUGUUUUUAUCAUAUUUCUGACCUCUAAAAUAUCUGUCGAUUUUUUGUGAUAUGAAUAUAUAUAUAUAUUUAUAUAUAUAAAUGUACAUUUUUAAACUCUCCCAAUGGAAAGGCUUUCAUUUUCAGGUGGCAUUCACAUGUGUUUCUAAGUUACAUUAACGUAAAGAUAUGGUAAAAAAAAAGAUAAAAUAUAGUUCUAAAGAAUGGGAGAAGCACAUUUUUAACAAUAACCCUCUCCAGUAUGUCUUCACAAUGCAGGCCUCAUACUCCAUAAACGCUAGGCCCUGUUAUCGUCGGUAUUGUUAAAACGCCUAUCUUUUUUUUGUAAAGAAGAAAAAAGAUUCCACCAAUAGAUAUCAGUUUGUGUGUUUGUUAUUAAGAAUGCUUCUGUGGUGGCAAAUGUGUUUGUCCUCGCCUUGCUAUACAAGUUGUUAAUAAACACGUUUAUCUUGUUU